CCUCGCAGGAACCGCCCAGGCGCGCUGGGUACCGGCGUUGAGCUCUCGCGAGAGCAGCGGCCGCGGGAUGUGCGGGGGCUGCGUGGGCACGGAGUACCCGGCGCGGGGCACCACUUGCCUGGAAGGCGGCUCCUUCCUGCUCAACUUCGUGGGUUGCGCGCAGUGCGGCCUCCGCGACUUCGUGCUGGUCGCCAACCGCGCCGCCGGCCUGCACGACGGCGAGGAGAUCGUCACCUAUGACCACCUGUGCAAGAACUGCCACCAUGUGAUAGCACACCACGAGUACACCUUCAGUGUUGUGGAUGACUACCAGGAGUACACCAUGCUGUGCCUGCUGUGUGGCCGGGCUGAGGACUCUGUCAGCAUCCUGCCUGAUGACCCGCGCCAAAUGACCCCCCUCUUCUGAAGUGCGAGCUGCCUGGAUGCAAUGGAUGCCCAAAGCCGGAUCCAGCUCCCAUGUACCCUGCAUAUCCUGUAGUGGUCAUUCCCAGCCUGUGUCUGCUCUGCUCCAGCUCUGUGCUGCCCUUGUCACUCACCUGUGCCUGCUGCCCUUGGGAUGUGAACCUGAGCCUCAGGGACAGGGUGGAGUAUCACAACCUCCAUCCCUUGUCUGUUGAAGAGACAAAAGGUGUUGGCGGGGAGCAGGUUGUUGCCCUCAAAUGGUUCAGCAAGGGAUAGCUAUCCCAGAUGCCCAGCCACUUGUGCCUCAGCAGAGGAGGCAGUGUUCGUGUGGGGGGAGCAAUAAAGUAAAUGUGUUGUGA